UAUUUGGGGAAACUCUUAAAGAACAAAGGUAAUUGAGAAAAUAGAUGCAAUCUCCUUUGUUUAUUUGGGGCACUAUGCCACUGAAUUGUGACAGCAGGCUGUCGCCAAACAGGUUCUAACUAGUGUCAGUUGCCUAUGUUGUGUUCAAAAUACAGUGAUUCUUGUCACAAAUAGCUGGCGAGAAAUAAGCAGUAAGACAAUGCAGAACUGUUUUGCUCAUUGUGGUUUCAAGAAUUCAGGCUUGGAGAUGCCAAAAAGAGCCAGGAAUGGGAAAGAGUUGAGAGGGGUAAAGGGUUGGGCAAUGUCAAAGAAAGGAGGUUUGCUGAGGUGGUGGCAUAAAGGAGCGAGAUAGAUCAGCUGGUUGAGUGGUGUCACAGCAAAACCUUUACACUCAAAGUCAGUAAGACCAAAGAACUGAUUGUAGACUUCAAAGGAAGUCUAGGAACACACACCAGUCUCAUCGAGGGAUCAGCAGUGGAAAGGGUGAGCAGUUUCAAGUUCCUGGGUGUCAACAUAUCAAUGCAAAGAAGGCAUGACAGCGGCUGUAUUUCUUUAGGACUUGGAGGAGCAUGGUCACCAAAGACACUUGCAAAUUUCUGCAGAUGUACCAUGGAGAGCAUUCUAACUGGUUGCCAGAUCACCACAUCUAGUAUGGAGGGGGCCACUGCACAGGAUCGAAAAGUUGCAUACCAGCCAGCUCCCAUCAUGGCCACUAACAUGCACACCAUUGAAGACAGCUUCAAAAGGCGACGUCUCUGAAAGGCGGCAGCUGUCAUUCCGGACCCCCGUCACCCAGGGCAUGCCCUCUUCUCAUUGCUGCCAUCAAAGAGGGACAAGAGCCUGAAGACACACACUCAACAUUUCAGGAACAGCUUCUUCCCCUCCAUUAGAUUUCUGAACGGACAAUGAACCCACCAAUUUUUUGUUCUCUUUUUGCACUAUUUAUUUAACUUAAUUUUCUAGAUAUAUUAGUUAUUAUAGUUGCAAAUUACAGUUUUUAAAAUUAUGUAUUGCACUGUACUGCUGCUGCAAAGCAACACAUUACAUGACAAAUGCCAGUGAUAUUAAACCUGUUUCUGAGGUCAGUAGAGUGGAGGACAUUUCAGAGAAAUAGUUUGAUGGGGUGAUUGGUAAGGGAAAUGCAGUGGGGGAGACAGGAAGUUGAAAGUGAUAGGGGAUUUUGGGGGAAAAUUGGUUUAGUUGGGGGCAGGUGCUGGAGGGACGGGGAAGGGGUGUGGUGAGAUGCCAAGAGGAGAGAAUGGGGGGAAAAUGGUGUUGGAGGGAAGAUGGGGGUCGUCAGGGAUGGGGACUCCGGACCUUGCACCAAUCCCUCUCUCACUACCAUGGAGAGCAACAACCCUCCCACUACCCCCAAGAAAUAUUGUUCGACAUGAACCUGUCCCCACACGGGUGCUUUGCGUCAAUAUUCCCUCUAACAUUUUCUUACAGAUGCACAGACCAACCACUGCUCUGAGCACAAAAUUCUUACGUAGCCUGGCAUGGUAGCACAGUACUAGCAACCGCGGUUCAACUCCUACUGCUGCCGGUAAGGAAUUUGUACAUUCUCCCUGUGACUGCGUGGGUUUCCUCCCACAGUCCAAAGGUGUACUAGUUGGUAGGUUAAUUGGUCACUGGAAAUUGUUCCAUGAUUAGGCUCGGGUUAAACUGGGCGGCAAGGCUCGAGGGGCUGGAAGGGCCUACACUCUGAGUAUUUAAAUAUAUGGACACAGUGAAAGAACUAACAAAUCUAAAUGUGCAAGUUAUCAUUGACGCUGUGAGGGAUCGUUCGAUGUGGAGAGCCAUGAUCGCCCAAGCGUGGAACGCCUGCUCCAACAGAAGGACCAUGGACAGCGCCUUUACAGGACCAGUCGAGCAUCACUAUUAGUGGCGAGUAAGAAGGGAGACUCCUUCGCGUCAAAUCAGCAACGAUGUCGUUCGAUGGAUUCGCAGCUCUCAAAGAGAAAGUCAAGUACACGGUGGGAGAUUCCUUGGGCCAUCUCCGAAGGGUCGUAGAUGGCACCAAUGUGGAGGAGGAGGAGAUGGAGCUGAAUGAGGACGGUCAGCCGGUGAAGGCGGGUGGGCUGAAGCCUCAGCCACUAUGUGAUUGUGAUUGCUUUGGAAUGCCCAAGCGUUACAUCAUUGCUGUCAUGAGCGGGCUGGGUUUCUGCAUCUCCUUCGGCAUCAGAUGUAACCUGGGUGUAGCCAUCGUGGAAAUGGUCAACAACAACACUGUCUACGUGAACGGCAAGGCAGAGAUCGAGAAACCUCAGUUCAACUGGAACCCAGAGAUUGUGGGUCUAAUUCACGGUUCCUUCUUCUGGGGUUACAUCGUAACUCAGAUCCCCGGUGGAUUCAUCGCCAACAGCUUCGCCGCAAACAGGGUGUUUGGAACUGCAAUAUUUUUGACCUCAACACUCAACAUGCUCAUCCCAUCAGCAGCCCGGACCCACUUUGGCUGUGUUCUCUUUGUCAGGAUCCUUCAAGGACUGGUUGAGGGAGUCACCUACCCAGCAUGCCAUGGACUGUGGAGCAUGUGGGCCCCACCUUUGGAGAGAAGCCGGCUGGCCACCAUCUCUUUCUGUGGUUCCUAUGCGGGGGCUGUUGUGGCAAUGCCUCUGGCUGGGUUGCUAGUCCAAUACAAAGGCUGGUCUUCUGUCUUCUAUGUUUACGGUAUGUUUGGGAUGAUCUGGUACGUAUUUUGGCUGCUCCUCGCCUACCAGAGUCCAGCAAAGCAUCCGACUAUAACCAGCGAAGAGAGGACAUAUAUUGAGUCCAGUAUUGGGGAGAGGGCGUCUCUCAUCAAUACCAACCAGAAGUUCAGGACACCAUGGCUGAAGUUCUUCACCUCCAUGCCAGUGUAUGCUAUCAUCGUGGCCAAUUUCUGCCGCAGUUGGACCUUCUACUUAUUGCUUAUCAGCCAGCCUGCCUACUUUGAGGAAGUCUUCGGUUUUCCCAUCAGCAAGGUGGGAAUGCUGUCAGCUGUACCGCACAUGGUGAUGACAAUCGUCGUUCCAAUCGGAGGGCAGAUCGCUGACUUCUUGAGGAGCCGAAAUAUCUUGUCCACAACAUCCGUCCGGAAGAUCAUGAAUUGUGGAGGUUUUGGCAUGGAGGCCGCCUUGCUGCUGGUCGUCGGUUACUCCCACACCAGAGAGGUUGCAAUUUCGUUCCUGGUGCUCGCUGUUGGAUUCAGUGGAUUUGCAAUUUCAGGAUUCAACGUGAACCACCUGGACAUCGCUCCUCGCUAUGCCAGCAUUCUAAUGGGAAUAUCAAACGGCGUGGGAACUCUGUCAGGAAUGAUCUGCCCACUGAUUGUUGGCGCAAUGACGAUACAUAAGACUCGUCAAGAGUGGCAGAACGUGUUUCUGAUUGCCUCAGUGGUCCAUUUCAGCGGCGUGAUUUUCUACGGGUUCUUUGCCUCGGGGGAGAAGCAGGACUGGGCAGACCCUGAGGGGAGCCAGGAGGACAAGUGUGGGAUUAUUGAUCAGGACGAGCUGGCAGAGGAGACGGAACUCAAUGACAGCACCUUCAUUGGUGCAAAGAAGAAGACCUCCUACGGUGCGACCAGCCAAGUCAACGGCUCCCGGAGGGAGGAUUGGAGGAGGAAGCGGGCGAGAGCACAGGAGGAGCUGGAGGAGGAACCCAGCAGCUACCACCACGAGAAUGGCAACUCUCGAGAAGUGUCACAGUGAGAUCGCGGAAGCUGCUUGCGCACUGCGACAGCUUGACUAAGUAUCAAGGUUCAAGGAGAAACUGUUUUAUUGAGUUAUAAACAUCAUAUUUAGCAACUUCAUAAAAAUUAUUGGACUUUUGGGAUUCCAUUUGUAGAAAUGGUAAUCCCUCAAUCUGUACAAAUGGUUAUUGACGGCUGUAAAUGCUCUAAAAUAUUUCGGUCCAUGAAAUUAUAUUGCCUUGACGUCACAUUAUACAAACAGGCCUUUCUGCCUGUGUUGGUGUACUGUACAUACGAGCCUCUCUUACUAAUAUGUUUGUAGGAUGUGGGUGUUACUGGCAUUUUAACCCCCUCACCCCUACUGGGGCUUAGACCGCCAGAGGCCGCUGUCCUGGGCCAGUCUGUCAAGCUGCCCUCAUGUGCGGCCCAUCUUCCUCUCCCCUACUGGGGUGAGGACUUUGGAGCUUCUGUUGGUGUUUCUGUAGCUCCAGGUAUUUACGGGAUGGUGUUGUUAGCCCAAAGCCCAACCCCUCAUUUCACAGCAGGGCCUGGGGCCGUCCAGGGCAAAGUUAUUGCUGGCAACACUCGUGUUUAUUGCCCAUCCUCAGUUACCCAGAGACUGAGAGAGUUCAGAAUCAAUCACAUGGGGGCAACUACACUCCCGUGGGUAAGGUUUGUAGAUUUCCUUCCUAAAGGACUUCAGAGAGACAGUCCUGUGGAUUUUUCCUUUAAAUUUAAAAUUCAGAGAUUAGCUUUAGCUGUCACAUGUACAUCAAAGCAUAUGGUGAAUUUGUUGUUUGUGUCAACGACCGACAUGGUCCGAGCAUUGUACUGGGGGCAGCCCACAAUUGUCAGCAUGUUUCCAGCACCAACAUAACACACCCACAACUACUAGACCUCACCUGGAUGUCUUUGGAAUGUGGGAGGAAACCAGAGCGCCUGGAGGAAACCGCAUGGUCGCAGGUUGAACAUACAAACUCCCUGCAGAUGUGAGCAGAAAUCAAACCCCUAUUGGUAGCACCAGACACCUAAAAUCCCUCAGCUGCAUGAGGUGUGAUUUGAACUCCUUUCCUCGGAUUCAUGUUCUACAACUCGACUGAAGUCCAGUAACUUAAUCACAAACAAGAGGCAAUGUGCAGAUGCUACACAUAUCAAAUGCUGGAGGAACUCAGCAGGCCAGGCAGCAUCUAUGGAAAAGAGUAAACAGUCGAUGUUACGAGUCUGCCCAAAACAUCGAUUCUACUCUUUUCCAUAGAUGCCACCUUGCUUGCUGAGUUCCUCCAGCAUUUUGUACAUCUUCUAGUAACUUAAUCAUCACCCCACAGAGUCCAGUUCACCUCCCCUUCCCCAUCUCAUUUGCCUCCUUCCUCCCUCAUGGGCUUACCCUGAAACCCCUUGACAGCGUAAACAUUGAUUUCUCAAAAUUCUGAUAAAUUUUCGCCCUCCCCAUUCUCUCAUUUUCCGUUCCCCAUUCUGGAUCUCCUCCAAACUCUUCUCCUCACCUACCUGUCACCUCUGGUGCUCCUCUUUCUCAGAGUCCACGAUCCUCUCCUGUCAGAUUUCCUCAGCCCUUUACCUCUGCAUCUAUCACCUUCCACCCACCACAUCCCCUCUCACCUGGUCUCACCCUAUCAACUACCAGCUUGUACACCUACACUUCCAUCCACCUUCUUAGUCUGGCUUCUUUGCCCUUCCUGAUGAAGAAUCUCAGCCUGAAACGCAGACUGUUUAUUCAUUUCCAUAGCUGCUGCGUUACCUGCUGAGUUCCUCCAGCAUUGUGUGUAUGUUGCUCGUCAACAGACCAUUCCCACUGCUCUCAUUCCCUUGACACCUCAAUAAUUUUUCUCUCUCGUGUCCAUUAACAUCCCUCUAAUUCCUGUUUCCCGCUAACCUACACUGGGGUAACUUACAGAAGCUGAUUUACCCUUCCCUUGGGAUGUGGGAGGCACGGGGGAGAUCGAUGUGGUCACAGGGAGAACCUGUCUCCACACAGACAGGUCCCAAGGUCUGCGUCAAACCUGAGUCUCUGGAACUGUAGAGUUGGAUUUAUUGGAGGCCAUCUCACAUACUGGCCUUUAGGUCUGAGCAUCCCUGUCUCUCACCCCUACCUUGUCAAGCACUGCAUGACCUUACUGACCUUCCUCUUUCCUGCAAAAGCUGAAAUAAUUCAUGUCAAUGAAAACAAACCACACUCUGGUUAGACAAUGUACAGAACCUAUAGAUAAUCUCUUCCUUUCAGAAACUCUGCUCAGACCUGUGUGUCUAACACAACUAGGGCAAAGCAUGCAAAUAUGACAUGUGUAAUUCAGGAAUGAAUUCUGUAAGGUUAGGGUUGAUAGCAUGUUAAACUAUGUCCUCUGAUUGGCUUACAGUGCCACGCAUGCCUGCGCAGCCCACCUCUUCUACUGUUGUUCUUAGGCUGGUCAAAUUUAGAUGUGAGCUGUUCUUCCGAUUUAUUGAUCUUGGUGUGAGUUUCACCGUAAUAAAGAAGCUAUGUGUCAUAACACUGGACAAUACUGACGUUAUGUGAAAAACAGAAAUAAUAAGUAUUAUCUACGCUCAUUGGCCAUUUUAAUAUGUACCUCUUGUAUCUAAUACAGUGGCCACUGAUACUAUGUCCACACUACACCAGUUAAUUCUGUAACCGAAGCUUUUUCUCUUCAUUUUUACCCUCCGUCCACACUUAAACAGUGUUUUCAUCCCCUGAAACUGGAGAUUUUCAGAAACGCUCUCCAGGGUGUGCAAUUUUGAAAAUGCCAGAAUGGUUGGAGCAGUGUGGAUGGGGUAACUGGAGAAAUCUAAAAACACUGUCAUGACGUGCCGGAACAGAUGGUGACGGCAGCGCGCAUUUCAUUGUUUUCUUGAACGCAACCUAACAACUUCAGAACAGAUGGAACGAGACUGAAGCCAGAAGAGUUAGAAAUGUACUCACCAAAUACUUUGACCCAUAACUUACUGAAUA